AUGUCGACAGCGACUACAGCACCGAUGCAGGGCAGCGACCCAUCAGCAGCAGCAGCAGCAGCACAAUCGGCAGCAGCAGCAGCACCAUCAUCAUCAGCAGCAGCGACGACACCGGCGGUGGCAGGAGACGGGACGGCGAUGGACGAGGACCCCGGUGAGGCUACCGAGCCUUCAUCCCAGCCAGCUCCCUCCCAGGCCGGUCCAGAGCCUGCGUCUUCCACGCCGGCCGUCGCAACCGCGUCAGCUGCGGACGACAAGCUGGGCGGAACGGCGACAGCUGCCGCCAACAAAGCGGCAUCCCAGAGCGCGACAGAUACCGACUCCAAACUCAUGUCCACCUCCGCAGCCGCUUCCACAACCACACCCGCUCCGACCAAAGCCCCAACCACCGGCGCUGGCCCUGCAGCAACGAGCACGGCCACCUCGUCCAAGGCACCUUCGACGACGUCGACUUCGACGCUGCCGCCAGAAGCCGCAUAUCAGUGGAUCUUUAGCAAGAGCGACCUCCAGCUCACGCCCUCCGUGCUCCAGGCAGGCCUCUCGUCGACAGAAGAGAGGCAGCUCAGGGCCAAGGGCAUCCACCUCAUCUACCGCGUCGGCGACUUUAUGAGGCUCGGCCAGCAUGUGCUCAGCACCGCCUGCAUCUUCUUCCACCGCUUCUACAUGCGCAAGCCGCUGCAGUACGGGCCCUCGCGGCUGGGCUACUCGCACUACGAGGUGGCCGCGGCAUGCAUCUUCCUGGCGUGCAAAGUGGAAGAGGCGCAUCGCAAGCUUCCCUCGGUCAUCGAGGCCACCAUGGCCUCGCUCGACAAGUCGCCGGCGGGCCUGCAGAAGUGGGUCGAGCGGACGUAUCGAGUCGAUCCCAACACCAAGGAGUAUGGCAGAUGGCGGGACAUCAUCCUCGUGUCGGAAGAGGUGCUGCUCGAGGCGCUGGCAUUCGACCUCAUCAUCGACCACCCACACGAGAUCCUCGUCAAGGCCACCUAUCGCCUCGGCGUCGACAAGUCGGUGGCGCGCCUUGCCUGGACCAUCAUCAACGACACCAUGCGUGAUCCAACCUGUGUCAUGUUCGAGGCCCCGGUGCUGGCGGCCGGCGCGUUCCAAAAGGCGUGCUCGGCGCUCGGAGUGGAUCCCAACGCGUUCCACGCGGCCAAGCCAACGGCGACGGCCGCAGCAGCAGCAGCGGCAGCCCCGGCAGAGCGGCCACCGGCGCCGCAGCAGAACGGCGCGAAUGCCAGCGAAGGGCUCGCAUGGACCGAGGUGUUUGACGUCGACGAGGACGAGGCGGCCGAGGUGGGCGCAGCCAUCGACGAGGACGUGUACGGCUUCCACGGCGGGCCGAGCAGCGGCGCCACCCCCGCGGCGGCGGCUACACCUGCUGCCGCUACCGCGACGGCCACCGAAGCGCCGCGCGAGUGA